AUGAAUAAUUUAUCUUUUGAUGAUAUACUUUCUAAGAAAAUAAAAUUUGGAAAAGUCCAGAUUUAAACAUUUUUGAUCAUUAGUUUGAUUAAUUUAGUAGAUGGAUCUGAAUUCAUGUUUUUGCAAUUAAUGAAUGCAAUAAUUUAUAAAGAAUGGUCUCUAAGUUUAGGAUAAUUGAUCAUUUUAACAACAAUUUUCAAUUUGGGUCAGUUUAUUGGAGCAAUGUUUUAUGGACAAUUUUCUGAUAAAACAGGACGUAAAUCUAUGAUAAUUUAUUCAUGUUUACUUUAAGUAUCAAAUAAGUGUAAUAUUGUUCAUAGCUAUGUUACUUACAGCAUUUGUUUAAGAUUUACCAUAACUAUUAAUAUUAAGGUUUUUAUUUGGGUUCCUAUUUGGGAUAACAUCACCUGUAUCAUCAAUAUUAAUGGCAGAAGUAACUCCACUUCAUAUUAGAGGAUAAUUUAUUGUUGCUUUAUAGAUUAUGUGUAUAGUGGGUAGAAUGUGGAUGUUGUUAUUAGCAAUAAUAUUUUUGGAUUCUAUAGCAACAGGAAAUUGGAGAGCCCUUGCAAUUACUAAUAGUAUUCCAUGUCUUAUUUGUUUGAUUGGAAUUAUUAUAUAUAUACAUGAAUCACCACGUUUUCUUAUAUCUCAAGGAAAUAUCAAGGAAGGAGUUGAAGGAAUUAACUUUAUGGGUAGAAUGAAUGAUAAAGAUUACAUAGAUUUAGAGGAUGAUGAAAUAUAAUCUCUUUAAUAAUGGAGGAAGAUUAUAUUUGAAUAAUAAUUUGAAUAGAAGAGUUUUAAAGAUUUAUUUAAUCAAGAAAAUUUACCAAUAACUUGGAGAGCAUAUUUAUUAAGUAUAAUUGCUAUGUUUAUGUAAUCUGGACUUUAUAUUAUCAUACCAUUUCUAUUUGAUGAAGAAGAAAAGACUUUGUUGGAUUUAUUUUAUACUGUAUUAAUAGAAAUCCCAGCUGUUUUAUUAGUAGUUUGUUUGAUUGACAGAAUUGGAAGAUUGUCAAUAAUACUUAUAGGAACAAUGACAUCAAUGAUUACAGUUUUUAUUAUUUGGUAUUGGAAAGCUAGAUUUCUAUUAAUAGGUUUAAUAAUAUUCAAAUUUUUUAAUAGAAUGAUUUUUAUUUCAUUCACUCCACUUGUUUUAGAAUCUUAUUCAACUUUAUAUAGGUCUUUGGGAACAGGUACAACUAUUGCUUUUGGUAGCUCAACAGGUUUCUUUUCUCCAGCAAUAAUACUACAUUUAUAUUAAAAAGAUAAUUAUAGUCCUUUUUUACUUUCAUUUUUUAUCUUAAUUAUGAUGACAAUUAUUUUUGCUACUUAUCCUAAAGAUUUAACAAGAAAACCACUUGAUAUCAAAUUUUAAAAGGAAGAUUGA